AUGGUAUCAGAACAGAGUUCAGAGAACGGCGUAUUAAUCAGUUGUCUAGAGGGAAGUAUAUUGAGAGACCUUCCCUGGGUCUCCCGGAGGCCUCUCUCCCCAACUGCUGGGCUCUUGGCGGGAGGGAGCCAGACUGGUGUCUUUGGUUUCUUCCUCUGGGGUCUCUCGGGGCGGCCAGAAUAGCAGUGCAUCCUCUUCCUGCUGUCCCUGUGCAUGUGUGUGGUCACAGUAGCUGGGAGCCUGCUCACCAUCUUGGCCAUCAGCACCAACACCCAUCUCCACAUGCCCAUGUACGUCCCCCUUGCCAGCCUGUCCUGUGCUGGCAUCCUCUGCACCUCCCCCACUGUGCCAAAGGCCCUAGGGAACAUCCAGACCCAGAGCAGGUCCAUUUCCUACUCCGGGUGCCUGGCUCAGCUCUACUUCUUCUUGACUUUUGGGGACAUGGACGUCUUUCUCCUGGCCACAAUGGCCUAUGACCACUAUGCAGCCAUCUGCCACCCUCUCCACUGCACAAUGGCCAUGAGCUGCCAGCGCUGGGCCCUCCUGGCUACUGCUUGCUGGGCCCUUAUGGGUCUUGUAACCGUGACCUGCACAUUGCUCAUCUUUCGACUUUCCUUCUGAUCUUCAGAGAUAAUUCCUGACUUCUUCUGUGAUCUGCGGCCCCUCAUGAAGGUGUCUUGCUCUGACACUCAGCUCAAUGAGCUUGUGCUCCUCUUCUUGGGGGGAGCAGUCAUUUUAUUUCCCUUUAUGCUCAUCCUGGUCUCUUAUAUCCGCAUUGCCUCAGCCAUCCUUGAGGGGCCCUCUGCCCAGGGAAGGUGCAAGGCCUCCUCUACCUGUGGCUCCCACCUGGCUGUUGUUGCCCUGUUCUUUGGAACAGUGAUCAGGGCUUAUCUGUGCCCCUUGUCCUCUUCCUCCAACUCAGUAGAGGAGGAUAGAGCCGCUGCUGUCACGUACACAGUGGUGACUCCCCUGCUGAACCCUUUCAUUUAUAGCCUGUGGAAGGACAUGGAUAGGGCCCCAGGGAGGUUCCUCAGGGGCAAAGCUUCCUUCUCAUGGGCACAGUGA